AUGCGAUCAGUAUGGGCGUUUCUGAUUCUGGUCUAUCACACGCACGGCGAACAACAAGCCCUUAGUAACGAGGAGCUCCAACAAGGACUAGAGUCCGAGAAGAUGCAACAAUGGGUCCAAUCCAUUGCCGAAAUACACCAGGUAUCAACGGACGACAUCCGGUCGCAGGUCCAGGCUAUAAGGAUUACCACGGAACCAGAAAUACCUAUGGUCCAAUCCGAGGUCGAUCCCGACAAGAACACAAGCUCUGCAAUUCAUCGACGAGAUGAUUUGCCAUACCCUGCCCCUCCUUUCCGGCGCGAAGAUCGCAACGACGAGGAAACGAACAAUCGUAUCCUCUUUCUACAUGAUAUGUGCGCUCGACAAGUGCCGCAGCCGGAUCACAGUCCUCACAUCGUAAAUACUUCAGGCUACAUCUCAUUCUACCGCGCCGCGAGCGCUACUUGCCUGCGUGGUAACAGGAUCAAAUACUUCUGCAGACUUCCAAACGAAUAUGGGCCACCUAGAUGGACUGAGGGAGGACGAACGGGAGUUUACCAUGUCCAAAGGAACACUGUUUGCCCUCGACGAACCGAAUGUCACGAAUUCAAUGCGUUCAAUUUCUUUGGUAUUAGACCUGGCACCUUCGCGUCGUGCGACGUUGUACAAGGGACUUCCGAGUCUUAUGUGGCAGGCGGAGUUACACACUGGGUCGGAGAAAUCGCGUUUACACCUGCGGAAACUGAAUUCCUCUAUAGUAUCGCGGAGACGGUCCCAGAUCACAAUCGGCGAACUGGGCCCGAAGUCAAGUGGACCUUCUAUCCGGGCUUUGGUGAUACUCUAUACUACUCUAAAACCAAUCGCUACGCCCUCCACCACACGCCGAUUCGCACGGCCCAUCACAAUAAACCCCCGCAAUUGCGCUUCGAGAGAUUAUAUUAUCAGACUACUGUUAUCAUUUGGUAUAUACUUACUAAAAAAUAG